UUCAACGAGACGAAGUGGAUUAGAAGAACAGCGAUCAAUGCAUUUUCCAAAUCCCAAUUGGCCGCUUUACCCCUGUGACUCUGAGUUCAAGAUAAGAUAUGGUGGCUGCUUCUUCGGCUGUCCUAUUCCAUCCUUUGGGCAUAAAUAUCUGGGAAGGAAUCUCACUUAGCUACUGUCGAUUGUUUGUUUGUCUUCUUGUCACGUUAGCACCUGGCUUCUAUUCCUAUUUCUAGCAUUGUCGCAGGCCUCUCGGGACUCUCAGAGCAGAUUGAGAGUUCUUGAACUGGAUAUAGAAAACGAACGCCCAGAAAAUGGUGGUGGGGAGGAAAAUUCCAUAUCUUUCCCUUUCUCAGUUAUUAGUUGCAGUGUUAGCCUUUUCUUACUUGAUAGUGGCACUGGGUGCUCAAAAACAGUUGCGUUUUGGUCAAAAUGGAAAGUUCAAGAUACUGCAAGUGGCGGAUAUGCACUUCGCGGAUGGAAAGACCACGCCUUGUUUGGAUGUGUUCCCCAGUCAGAUGCAUACUUGCUCUGAUAUCAACACAACUGCCUUUAUCGAGCGCAUGAUUCGAGCUGAGAAGCCCGAUUUAAUCGUUUUCACUGGGGAUAACAUCGUUGGAUUUGAUGCCACGGACGCGGCCAAAUCUCUGAGUGCUGCAUUUGCACCUGCAAUUUCGUCGAACAUCCCAUGGGUGGCUGUUUUGGGGAACCAUGAUCAAGAAUCGACGUUGUCAAGGGAAGGGGUCAUGAAGCAUAUUGUUGGCCUUCAGAACACUCUUUCUCAACUCAAUCCUGCUGAGGCACACGUUAUUGAUGGUUUUGGAAACUAUAACCUUGAGAUAGGUGGAGUUGAGAAUUCAAGAUUUCAAAACAAAUCAGUUCUCAAUCUCUACUUCCUUGAUAGCGGAGACUACUCCACGGUUCCAUCAAUUACUGGCUAUGGUUGGAUCAAACCCUCUCAGCAGUUUUGGUUUCAACGCACUUCUGCAAACCUCCGGAGAGCAUACGCGAGCAAGCCAGAGCCUCAGAAAGGACCUGCACCAGGGCUUGUGUAUUUUCACAUCCCAUUGCCUGAAUUUGCAAGUUUUGAUUCAUCCAACUUCACAGGGGUGAAACAGGAAGGCAUUAGCUCUGCUUCUGUGAAUUCCGGUUUCUUCACGACCAUGGUGCAGGCAGGGGAUGUGAAGGCUGUUUUCACAGGACAUGAUCAUCUGAAUGACUUCUGCGGUGAGCUAACUGGUAUACAACUUUGUUAUGCUGGGGGCUUUGGAUACCAUGCCUAUGGGAAGGCUGGAUGGUCAAGGAGGGCAAGGGUGGUGGUAGCAUCUUUGGAGAAGUCAGAGAAGGGAGAUUGGGGACCUGUUAAAUCAAUCAAAACAUGGAAACGCCUUGAUGAUCCAUACCUCACUGCUAUAGAUGGUCAAGCCCUGUGGAGCAAGAGCCCUGCAGGAGGUCGUACAAAGGAAUAAGUUGGCAGUUCUUGAGUUAUGGUGCAAGAGCUUGUUUACUGCGCUGAUAGCCAGCAACUCGACUGGAGGGCUUAUGUUUCGAAUCUAGCUAGCCAGGAAUGUUUUGCAUGUUAUACCAUUGUAGAUCGAGAUAUAUGUAGCAAUGAAGUAAGUCAAAACAGGGCCGGACAAUAAAUGGAUAAUUAUGUCUGUGGAAAGAUCAAAGAUUUGAUGAAUAAAAUGCUAUGUAUUGCUAGCAAGUAGAUGCAAAGCUUCAGAAAGACUGAAGUGCCUUUUUAUGAAUAUGGGCACAUAAAAUUUAUGUUUCUUGAGCAGAUUUGUUUGAUCAUAUACAUGUUAAGCGAGUCUUCAA